AUGUCAUUGGUGGAGUUUGUGUACAACAUCUUUCAUGCGAGCAUUGGAAUGGCUUUGUAUAAGGCUUUGUAUGGACAGAAGUACCAGUCUCUACUGUGUUGGUAUGAAGCUGGUGAAGCAAGUUUGUUGGGACUGGAUUUGAGCCGACAGAACAGUUAUAAGGAUCCGAGAAGAAAACCGUUGAAAUUUGAAGUGGGUGAGCAAGUAUUUCUAAGGGUUACUCUGAUAACUGGGAUUGGAAGGGCAAUUAAGACAAAGAAGUUGAAUCCGAGAUUCAUUGGACCUUUUGAGAUCUUGAGACGAGUCAGGCCAGUGGCAUAUAAAGUAGCUCUACUACCGCAUUUUUCUAACCUGUAUGACGUAUUCCAUGUGUCACAACUCCGUAAGUAUACAUCGGAUACGGCUCAUGUGUUAGAGCCCGAGUCAAUUGAGUUGAAGGAGAACUUGACGUUUCAAGCCACACCAGCGAGAAUUGAUGACACUAGUGUAAAGAAGCGCCGUGGAAAGGAAGUUUUGCUGGUGAAGGUGGCUUGGAAGAGAGCUGGAGUAAAAGACCACACUUAUGAGUUAGAGUCAGAAAUGUGGAAGGAUUAUCUAGAGUUAUUCUCAAGUAAUCAUUAA